AUGAAUAAUUCUAAUCGUCUCUAUCUAUUAUGUUGUUUUACAAUUCUUGGUUUAUUAAUAGGAAAAUAUGAUUCUUUAAAAUCGGCUCAGCAUCAACGAGAUGCAAAAUGUUAUGGUAAAUCAUUGGGCGGUAAUGUUGGUACAGGAAAUGCAAGUACUUAUCGUUACUGGUAUAAUGAAAAUAAGUGUCAAUCAUUUAUCUACGGCGGUCGUGGUUUAUCAUAUGAGACAGAUAAUAUAUUUAAAACGAAAGUAGCAUGCUGCUAUACAUGUUCCGUCCAGAUAUGUGAAGAGGAUACUUCAAUCGACAACAAAGAAAAACCCACGCUAUUUCAAUUAACCGACUAUGAAUUAGAAGAAUUUGUGGGACAAAAAGUAAAUGACGUUCGAAACAAAUUAGAACGCUUAGGUUACCUCGUUUAUGUUGUUCGUAGAAGUCCUUCUGCUACUGAACCACCUCAAACUAACCGAGUUAGUGCAAUUAUCACGUACAGUGGUGCUGACAACCGCGUUACAAAAAUUGUACAACGAACAAGUUAA